GAAGAGUUAAAGCUUCAAUGGCUGUUUAUAAGAAAUUGGCUCCUCAAGCUAUCUUCAAUUUUAUAGAUGUUGAUGUGGGAAUUAUCAGAAUCUCUAAAUAUUCAAUAGCUUCUUUGUCAAGAUUUGAUGCAUGGGAUGGUGAUGAUUUUUGGUUGAGAAGAUUGGACCACAAGGAUUGGCUUGCACCAAAUGAAAUCCUGAAAAUAUUUAAGAAUGUCAGAGAUCCUCAGCUGAUUAUUGGUGCAUUUGAGAAGGCCUCUAGUCGUAUGGGUUAUAAGCCUAGUGAGGCUCUUUACACUUUAAUAAUUGAGAAGCUUGCUUGUGCACGAAAAUUUGGUGUUCUUGAGGAUCUCUUGGAGAGGUCAAGACUUGAAAAGUGCAGACUUUCUGAUGAAUUCUUUUAUAAAUUGAUAAAAAUAUAUGGCAAUGUGGCAAAUCAUCCUGAACAAGCCUUUAAGACGCUCCUUAGGCUGCCAGAUUUUCAUUGUUGGCCUACAACUAAGACUUUCAAUUAUGUGCUCAACAUGCUUGUGUGUACUUGGCAGUUUGACAUCAUCCAUGAGGUGUACUUGAGUGCUCCCACGUUGGGAGUUAGUCUUGACACCUGCUGCUUUAACAUUCUUGUCAAGGGCUUGUGUCAGUUUGGUAAAUUGGAUGCUGCCUUAUCCUUGUUACAUGAAAUUCCAAAACAGGGAUGUAGGCCCAAUGCUACAAUAAUGCUAAUGCAUGCUUUUUGUAAGCAUGACAGACUAAGUGAAGCAUUUGAUCUAUGUGAGAUAAUGGAGAAAGAAGGUUGCCAUCCUGAUACGAUAACCUUCGAUAUAUUGAUUUCUGGUCUUUGCAAACAAGGGCAAGUGGCAAAGGGGAUGGAACUUCCAAGGACAAUGAAACUAAAGGGGUGCUAUCCAAAUUCAGGAACAAAUCAAGCACUUCUUUAUGGCUUGCUUAGCACUAACAAAUUUGUGGAGGCUAAACAUUUUAUGGACAUGAUGAUCUCUGAAGGGAGGAGGCGUAGUUUUUUGUCCUACAAGCUGACUAUUGAUGGUCUUUGUAGUAAGAAUCUUUUAAAUGAUGCUGUUAUGGUACUGAAGCAAAUGGUACAACAAGGAUUUGUUCCUCGGGUUGGUACUUGGAAAAGGAUCCUUGAAUGCAUGUUCUAGAAGAUGAGUCAUUGUUCUUCCCUCAUCGUAAUACUUUCCAUUGCUGUCAGUUGAUGGAACUAAUUGAUAGAAUGGCCAACAUAAAAUUCAUUCAUCAUGUGAUUUCUUUGGGAUUUCCAUCUGUCGUUUCCUCUAAAUCAACACCAUAUGGCAUUAAUCUAGUUGGUUGUGCUAUUAUAUUUGAAGUUAUCUAUGAGGUAUACUUGAGUGCUCCCUAAUUGGGAGUGAGCCUUGACACCGGCUGCUUUAACAUUCUCAUCAAGAGUUUGUAUCAGUGUGAUAAGUUGGAUGUGCCUUCUGUCUUGUUACAUGAAAUUUUAAAGCUGGGAUGCAGUCCUAAUGGUAUGACUUAUUCAACAUGAUAAAGUGACUGAACUGAAGCAUUCGAGCUGCAUGAGAGAAUGGAGAAAGAAGCUCACCAUCCUGAUACAAUAACCUUCAAUGUACUGAUUUCUGGUUGUUGCAGACAAGGAUAGCAGCUGACGGCAUGGAAUUUCUAAAGACAAUGAAGCUAAAGGGGUACCAUCCAAAUUCAGGAACUAAUCAAGCACUUCUUUGUGGUUUUCUUGGCACUAAUGAAUUUGUGGAGGAUAAACAUUUCAUGGACAUGGUGGUCUCUGAAAGGUGAGGCCUAGCUUUCUGUCGUACAAGCUGAUCAUUGACGGCCAUUGUUGAGAACCUUUAAAAUGACGGUAUCGAUACAGUACUGAUGCAAAUGGUACAACGAUUUGUUCCUCAGAUUGGUACUUGGAAGGGGAUCCUCGCGUGUCCUUGAAGAUGGACUCUUAGUGUUCCCUCAUUCUAUAACUUCAUUUGCUGUCAGCUGAUAAGACUGAUUGGUAGAAUGGCUGAUGAAAAGUUCUUAUUGAUCAAGUGAUUACAUAUUUUCCUUUUU